GCAGCGGCAGCCGCCCUCGCCUCGCCGCCCCCGGUUCGGUGCCCGCGGUCCCGGAGAGGAGGUGCCGCCGCCACCGCCGCUCCCCCCCUCCCGCCGCCCUCGGGCCGGGCUGGGUCGAGCUGCGAUGCCCUCGGACUUCAUCUCAUUGCUCAGCGCGGACCUAGACCUGGAGUCGCCCAAGUCGCUGUACUCGCGAGAUUCUCUGAAGUUACACCCAUCACAGAAUUUUCAUAGAGCUGGACUAUUGGAAGAAUCUGUCUAUGAUCUUCUCCCAAAGGAGUUACAGUUACCUCCAUCUCGAGAAACAUCUGUAGCAUCAAUGAGUCAGACAAGCGGUGGUGAGGCAGGCUCCCCGCCUCCAGCUGUAGUUGCUGCUGAUGCUUCUUCAGCUCCCUCCUCUUCCUCCAUGGGCGGUGCUUGCAGCUCCUUUACCACCUCUUCCAGCCCUACCAUUUAUUCUACCUCAGUCACCGACAGCAAGGCUAUGCAAGUGGAGAGCUGCUCCUCAGCCUUGGGGGUAAGUAACAGAGGGGUAAGUGAAAAGCAGUUAACCAGUAACACAGUUCAGCAGCAUCCAUCAACACCGAAGAGGCACACAGUCUUGUACAUCUCACCACCACCUGAGGACUUGCUGGAUAACAGUCGGAUGUCCUGCCAGGAUGAGGGGUGUGGAUUGGAAUCUGAGCAGAGCUGCAGUAUGUGGAUGGAGGAUUCCCCCUCCAACUUCAGUAACAUGAGCACCAGUUCCUACAAUGAUAACACUGAGGUACCUCGUAAAUCACGAAAACGAAAUCCAAAGCAGAGGCCGGGGGUCAAACGACGAGAUUGUGAAGAAUCUAAUAUGGAUAUAUUUGAUGCCGACAGUGCCAAAGCACCUCACUAUGUGCUUUCUCAGCUUACCACGGACAACAAAGGCAACUCAAAAGCAGGAAAUGGAACAUUAGAAAACCAAAAAGGAACUGGAGCAAAGAAGAGCCCUAUGUUGUGUGGACAGUAUCCUGUUAAAAGCGAGGGGAAGGAGCUGAAGAUUGUUGUGCAGCCUGAGACCCAGCACCGAGCUCGGUACCUGACUGAGGGUAGCCGUGGUUCUGUGAAGGAUAGAACACAGCAAGGCUUUCCUACAGUGAAGCUGGAAGGCCAUAAUGAGCCAGUGGUGCUUCAGGUGUUCGUGGGCAAUGACUCUGGUCGAGUAAAACCCCACGGAUUUUAUCAGGCCUGCAGAGUAACCGGGCGAAAUACAACCCCCUGCAAAGAAGUUGACAUUGAAGGCACUACUGUCAUUGAAGUCGGCCUCGACCCAAGCAACAACAUGACUCUGGCGGUGGACUGCGUAGGAAUCUUGAAAUUGAGGAAUGCUGAUGUCGAAGCGAGAAUAGGAAUUGCUGGUUCCAAGAAAAAAAGCACUCGUGCCAGAUUGGUUUUUCGCGUUAAUAUCACAAGAAAAGAUGGCUCUACUUUGACCCUGCAAACACCAUCUUCUCCAAUUUUGUGUACUCAGCCAGCAGGAGUGCCAGAAAUUCUAAAGAAAAGCUUGCAUAGCUGUUCAGUGAAAGGAGAAGAAGAAGUUUUUUUAAUCGGCAAAAAUUUUCUAAAAGGAACUAAAGUUAUUUUUCAAGAGAAUGUUUCUGAUGAAAACUCCUGGAAGUCAGAAGCUGAAAUCGACAUGGAAUUAUUUCAUCAGAAUCAUCUGAUUGUGAAGGUUCCUCCAUAUCAUGACCAACAUAUAACUUUACCUGUAUCGGUGGGAAUAUAUGUAGUGACCAAUGCUGGAAGAUCUCAUGAUGUUCAGCCAUUUACUUACACUCCAGACCCAGCAACAGCUGGUGCUUUGAAUGUAAAUGUGAAGAAGGAAAUUUCUAGUCCUGCAAGGCCUUGCUCUUUUGAAGAGGCGAUGAAAGCAAUGAAAACUACUGGAUGUAACUUGGAUAAGGUAACUAUCCUUCCAAAUGCUCUGAUCACUCCACUCAUAUCAAGCAGCAUGAUUAAGAGUGAAGAUGUUACUCCAAUGGAAGUAACAGCAGAAAAAAGAUCUUCCCCUAUUUUUAAGACUACAAAAACAGUUGGAUCAACUCAACAAACAUUAGAAAAUAUUUCUAACAUGCCAGGAAGUGGAUCUUUUUCAUCACCAUCUUCCCACUUACCUUCUGAAAAUGAAAAGCAGCAACAGAUUCAGCCCAAGGCAUACAACCCAGAGACCCUAACAACUAUCCAGACACAGGACAUUUCACAGCCCGGGACCUUUCCCACAGUUUCUGCUUCAAGCAGUGAUGCGUUACUCCAGCAGGCUACACAGUUCCAGACCAGAGAAACUCAGUCUCGAGAGGUGUUACAGUCUGAUGGGACAGUUGUUAACUUGUCGCACCUGACUGAGGCGCAGCAGCAGCAGCAGCAGUCACCACUCCAAGAACAAGCACAAACUUUACAGCAGCAGAUUUCAUCAAAUAUUUUCCCACCCCCAAAUAGCGUGAGUCAGUUACAGAAUACAAUUCAGCAUUUGCAAGCAGGAAAUUUCACAGGCAGUACUACUGGUGGCAGCAGCGGAAACGUCGACUUGGUCCAGCAAGUUUUAGAGGCACAGCAACAGUUAUCUUCAGUUCUGUUUUCUGCUACAGAUGGUAAUGAAAAUGUUCAAGAACAGCUUAGCGCAGACAUUUUCCAGCAAGUCAGUCAGAUCCAAAAUAGUGUAAGCCCUGGAAUGUUCUCCUCCACAGAGCCUGCGGUCCAUACCAGACCAGACAAUUUAAUAGCUGCGAGAGCUGAGGGUGUUCAUUCACAGACUGAAAACACGUUAUCAAAUCAACAGCAGCAGCAGCAGCAACAGCAAGUGAUGGAGUCAUCUGCUGCAAUGGUGAUGGAGAUGCAGCAGAGUAUCUGCCAGGCCGCUGCCCAGAUUCAGUCAGAGUUAUUCCCUUCAGCUGCUCCAGCGAACGGAAACCUUCAGCAGUCUCCAGUGUACCAGCAGACUUCUCACAUAAUGAGUGCGUUACCUUCCAGCGAGGACAUGCAAAUGCAGUGUGAAUUGUUUUCUUCUCCUCCUGCAGUUUCUGGAAAUGAAACAGCUACAACCACCACGCAGCAGGUUGCAACCCCUGGCACUGCCCUGUUCCAGACAUCAAGUUCAGGAGAUGGAGAAGAAACUGCAGCGCAAGCGAAACAGAUUCAGAGCAGUGUCUUUCAGACCAUGGUUCAGAUGCAGCAUAGUGGGGACAGUCAGUCUCAAGUUAACCUUUUUCCAACUCCAAAAGGUAUGAUGAGUGUUCAGAAUAGUGGUACCCAACAACAAGGCAAUGGUUUAUUCCCGCAGAGUAAUGAGAUGAUCUCACUCCAACCUGGGAAUUUUUUGCAGCAGUCUUCUCAUUCACAGGCUCAACUUUUUCAUUCUCAGAACUCUAUUGCUGAGGCUCAGAAUCUUUCCCAGGAAACGCAAGGUUCUAUUUUUCAUAGUCCUAGUCCUAUUGUCCACAGCCAGGCUUCUACAACCUCCUCGGAACCAAUGCAGCCUCCACUGUUCCAUUCCCAAAGUACCAUGGCCGUGCUCCAGGGUUCUUCUGUUCCUCAAGACCAGCCACCUGCCAAUAUAUUUCUUUCCCAGAAUCCCAUGAAUAAUCUUCAGACUAACACAGUCGCCCAGGAAGAGCAGAUUUCAUUUUUUGCAGCUCAGAACUCAAUAUCUCCCCUGCAGUCGACUUCCAACCCCGAGCCCCAAGCGGCUUUCCAACAGCAAGCUCCCAUCUCACACAUCCAGACGCCGAUGCUUCCGCAGGAGCAGGCACAGUCCUCACCCCAAGGUCUGUUCCAGCCUCAGGUGUCCCUGGGCUCCCUUCCUCCCAACCAAAUGCCUCAGAACCAACAAGGAACCAUCUUCCCGCCGCAGCACUCAAUAGUUGCCAUCCAGAGUAGCUCUCCGUCCCAGGAGCCACAGCAGCAGCCGCAGCCGCAGCCACAGCAGCAGCCGCAGCCGCAGCCGCAGCAACCACAGGGCAUCUUAUUCAGUAGCCAGAAUACCAUGGCCACCAUGGCGUCUCAGAAGCAGCCGUCGCCGAACAUGAUGUUCAGCCCAAGUCAGAAUCCAAUGGCCAAUCAGGAGCAACAGAAUCAAUCCAUUUUUCACCAACAGAGUAAUAUGGCCCCCAUGAAUCAAGAGCAGCAGCCUAUGCAAUUUCAGAACCAGCCCACGGUGUCCACGCUGCCGAACCCAGGUCCUCCGCAGUCUGAAUCUUCACAGAGCACCUUGUUCCACAGCUCUCCUCAGAUUCAGUUGGUCCAAGGCUCACCCAGUUCUCAAGAGCAACAAGUAACACUCUUCCUCUCUCCAGCAUCCAUGUCUGCAUUGCAGACCAGUAUAAACCAACAAGACAUGCAGCAGUCUCCCCUUUAUUCUCCUCAGAACAACAUGCCUGGCAUUCAAGGAGCCACAUCUUCACCUCAACCGCAACCUGCUUUAUUUCAUAACACUACAGGAGGCACCAUGAACCAACUGCAGAAUUCUUCUGGGUCAUCUCAACAGACUUCAGGAAUGUUCUUAUUUGGCAUUCAAAAUAACUGUAGUCAACUUUUGUCUUCUGGACCAGCCACAUUGCCAGAUCAGUUGAUGGCCAUAAGUCAGCCAGGUCAGCCACAAAGUGAGGCCCAGCCACCAGUGACAACACUUCUUUCUCAGCAAAUGUCAGAGAAUUCUCCAAUGGCGUCUUCCAUAAACACCAACCAGAACAUGGAAAAGAUUGAUUUGCUUGUUUCAUUGCAAAACCAAGGGAACAACCUGACUGGCUCCUUUUAACUGGAGUUAAAUGCCUUGAAGAAAAUUGAUUCCACGAAUACCCUGAGAUCUUGUGGUUCCAUGAGAAUUAUUGAACUGUUACUUUGAAAACAACAAAAUACAAAAAACUGUGAUUGAGUAAAUGGAUAGAUUCUACCCUGACUGCAAAAGAGCACAUCUAUGCUACCUGUUGCAGUGAUUAGCCACCGUUAAUGUCUCCAUAUUUUAUUUCUAAUAACAGUGAUGACUGAGAAUCUUAUAUGUGUUUCCAGCUGACAGAGUUCAUUGUUGGUAUUUUCCUAGGCACUGUUUCUUUAAAAUAAGCAUAGUUUAAAACUCGAAAGCUGGAGGACUCAGUUAUAAUUGCUAUUAGAAAAUAAUUCAUGUUUACUUUUGUUAUUCAUUAUUUUCCUGCAUUGUUUUAGUCAAGUAAUGGCUUUUGAAAAAGUAAGAUUAAAAUCAAACCAAGGCUGUGCUUUUUCAAUAUAAAAAAACACAACUGUUGACCAAAGUGAAGAAAUCUUUUCUUCAGUUGGCCAAAGUAAAGGAAUCUUUUUUUCAGUUUUUAUAGAGAAACUGAAAAACUAUUACUCUGACAAAUAAGCUUAAGAGCUCUCCACAAAUACGAGACCUCUUUACCUAACAAACUGGGGACAGCUGGAAUGCUUUUGAUUUUAUUUUUUCAGAGAGUUAUGAAUUCUCUAUGUUUCUAUUAAAGGGUUUUAGCCAUAACUGUGCUUAAAAAAGUAAUUAACUUGCUCUGUAAAAAGCAAAGGGGAGACUUUAUGGUAAAUUAUGUUCUGACGUCCUCCUGUAGUAGUUUUAACUAACAGUAAUUUGAGUCUGUUUUUUCUUAACCCAGUCUUGGACCUAUGUUCCCUUUUUAUAUUUAUAUUGUAUCCUCCUAUUUCUCACUUUCUUUUAAAUGAUUAGUAAUGUACUGCUAGCUUUGUGACCCUGUAGCAGCUAAGGAAAAGGCCACUUUGAUCUGAGGUAACCCAGUAACUAGCUCCUUCAGCACAGGCAAAGGAGAAGGGUUAUCUUCAGUCCUGAGAAACAAGAAACAAUGCAUUUUAUUUUUUCACGAACGGUGCUGUUCUGAAGUCUUCAAUUCCCCCCCCCCCCCCCAAUAGGAAACAGUAUAAAGUUUAUUUUUUGAAAAAAGCAAACUAAAGUUUCUUGAAAUAUCACUUCUCCCUGAGCGGUAGUGAGUGUAAUUCACUUGUCACCUCAGUGCUUUACAGUUUGAAGUGGUCACUUACUGACGAUUCCCACAAGCCUUAGGCUUUACAGGGUCAUAUCAUUGACUUAAAAUGAAGAAUUAACUCAUGUUACAUCUAUAAAGAGCAAAAUCACACACUCCAGAACUUGCAGUUGUAGCAUUAGUUACACAGUUUUGGGUGUUCUCACCACCCGUGGGAUGCCUGCUUCUCACUACAACCUGUUGUCUGGAUACAUGCUUAUGUCUUUCUUUCCUUUUGGCAUGUAGAAAGCUAUUAAUACAGUUUAUGGCCAAAUUGUGUGUGGCUUCUAUAUGUAGAUAAGAUGUUUUGGUAUUCUUGUCCAUUUUAUUUUUGUAAGUGUAUAAAAAAAAAUAGCCUGCUAGUUGUUUGUUGAGGGCUACUUUUCUGUUUUGGUCUUCGUUCGUUUGUUUCUAUCCUAUACAUUUAGUUGAACUUUGUGGAAUAGUGGUGUUGGUUUUGUUUCUUCCGCCAGAUUCCCCCUGCCCCUUUUGUGAUGGUCUUCCUUCACUCUUUGAAUGUGCUAUUCUUCUGAGUUUUUUCCUCCUUGUCCUCAUAUAUUCUUCCCUGAACCCUCAACCCUUUCUUUCUUUCUCUCUCUGAUUGAGAGGCAUUGAAUUACGUUUUCAGUAGUACAGGCUUCUUGCCGAUAUGAAGGGAACUUUUCAGAAAGAGACCUACUCUGGGUCAUUUAAUUUUGAAUACAGUUUUCAAUCGUUCAAGUUUUGGAUGGUUUAUAUCUAAUGUGUGUUUCAUUUUUUUGGAAAGCUAUAUUUUGUAUUUAGGAAAUGGUAUACUAUUUUGCUAUUUGUACUGAGUGAGUACAUUGGCAUAAAUAUAGAAAUUUAUAUAUAUACAUAUAUAUAAACUAUUCUUUUUUUGCCACACAUUUUUGUGGUAAAUUUGUGAGUUUGUCUGAUGUUCUACCACAACGUGGCGUCUGAUAACCGUGAGGGGGGGAGGGUUUGUUAUGUCUUUAUUGAGUAUUUAAGUAUCUUUUGAAACAAAUGACCUGUUCAUCCGGUGGCCAUUCCAUCAGGCAGUUCCUUAAUGUUAUUGUGGGCUAAAGGCAACUUACUGUGUGUUUGCUGGAUUUUUCACUCAGCAAAAUGUAGAGUAAGGAAACCCAUAAAGGCAGUGUGUCAAAUGGUGUUUCAUAAGAAUGAGCCAUUCUGUCUUUGCUCACUAUAUAUUUAAUAUUUUAUUAUUGUUAUUGUUAUUAUUAAUUGGCUUUCUGUACUCUAUGCCUAUUAUUUAUAAAGACACUAAAAAACAUGUUUGUAAUUUUAAUAACAUUUUCCCCAUCUUGUAAUAUCCAGAACUACUUUAUAAAUUCUCUGAACCAAAAGCAUUUUCCUCAAUAUCUCUUUUCUCUCCACCCUUAUUAGGAAAAAUUACCCAGUAUAGUUCAGGUUGUGAAAAGGACCAGCCACACAAUCCAGUGCUUCAAUUUUAAAGUGUAAAACUGACAGCUGGGGGUUUUCUCAAAGCUUUCCCAGCCGGUAUAAAAACAAGUAGAAAUAAAAUUGUGUUGGAUUUAUUUCUGAGUUUUUCUGAAUUUUUUCCUAACAGAUUACAGAGGAGACUCUUAACCAAAUUCCAAUUAAAAAAAAUAAUUAACACUGCUUUGUGGAUGAAGUGAUGGCGAGAAGACUGGCUUGUGUGCUGAAUUCUGUUCUGUUAUUUAGCAAAGGGUUUAUCAUUGUAAAAUGCAAGUUGCCAAUGCCAAGUCACCAGGGACCAAUAUUCUGUUUUAUAAUAAUUAAGUUUAGAACAGAACAAACACCUGAACUGUAGUACUAUGAUUGAAUGGAGGCAGAAAACCCAAUUUUUAUUUUCGUAAAUUUUGUGGUUAUUUAUACAAGGGCUGUGCUAUGCUACCAUAUUCAUAUUCAGUAAUGAUGGAUUUAAAAUUUUUUUUAACAUUGUUAAAUGUCCCUUACUCUAAAGGUCAAUGUUAACUUAAGGACGCAUAUCUUAAUAUACAAUUUGGUUACAAAAAGUAUUUGUCUUCUUAUUGAAGAAUUGCUCAGUGGUCAGUGGUUGAUACAUGUGCUAAUUAAUAAUACAGUUUCAGAUUACUGUUACAAGUUGUUGCUUUUUUAAAGAAGACAGUGAGCCAGCAAAGGCCUUGAAAACAAUUUUUUAUGUAUUUAUGGCAGAAAGACUAAAUUAUGAACCACAUUUUAUUACUUUACACUGUUACGUUCUUGCUUUUAGCAACUCACAUUAAUGCUUGGAGCUUAUCUCUGUGUAUGUAUGUUUUUCUUUAUUGUCAUUCCAUUUUAUAACAAUACCAACAAUGGGGGAAGGUAAAAUUACAAGUCAUUUUGUUUCCAAGCUUUUUCAUGUUGUGUUUGUAAUAAGAUAAAAUAAUCAUGUCAUUAUUUAGCCAAUGUAAAUCUGUUUUUAUUAGUCACUCUGGAGCAGGUUGUUUUAAAGGCUUUGUUUAUUAUACGUGCACUGUUAAUAAGGGACUUACUUGCUUUUCUUCCUCCGUUCUUCCUUGCCUCUCUUUUUUUUCUUUUU